AUGUUGGAAUUUUACUUGGAGGAACAAGCCAGAAGUGUGGGGAGCCGCAAUCCCGAGAUCCAGCGCAAGCGACGGGCGGAGCCCUCGCGAGGAGCGAGUGGUCCUCGUGGGCGUCUCCUCGAAGCAGACGGGAGCCGGAAGUGUCGCCAGGAGCAACGGAGGAGGAGGACAGCGACGGCAGCGACGUGGUGGUGGUCUCCGUCGAGCCGGCUCCGAGGGAGAGCCGAGCUCCGGAGAUGGCAGCUCAACGACGAGGAGGAGCGGGCACGGGAGCAGGAGCUGCGACGCGACGCAGCGUUCCUCGGCAUCGCCAUCCGAUCGGCGGAGCGCUAUUUGCGUGAGCGGAAGCGCGAAACUGCAGGGCAACGGGAGCCGAAGCAGCCGUUGAAAACCAGGCCGCCAGCGACGCCAUCGCAGCCGACGUCAAGGCCAGCAGCAGCGCAGCAGGGACGGACGGCAGAGGUACCGUUGCAACGGAGAGCGCAGGCCUCAGCACACCCGACAGCGCAGCCGCCAGCGACGUCAGCAGCGCAGCCGCCAGCGACGCCAGCGGCGCAGCCACCAGCGACGUCAGCAGCGCAGCCGCCAGCGACGCCAGCGGCGCAGCCACCAGCGACGCCAGCAGCGCAGCCGCCAGCGACGCCAGCAGCACAGCCGGCAGCGACCCCAGCAGCGCGGCCAACAGCCGAGACCGUGCGGAGGAGCCAGAUGGAGCAGCAGCGCAAUCGGCGAGCAGCAGCAGAGGCGCGACGCGAGGAGGAGCGGCGACGCGAGGAGGGACGGGAACGCCGGCACCCCGAGCCACCGCCGCAGCCACAGAGCACACAACAACCGACGCCCCCGCAGUCACCGCCACCAAAAUCACCACCGCCGAACGCACCGACACAACAGUCGUCGUCACGACAGGAGGAGGCACCGAAGGAGCCGCCACAGGAAGAGGCCCAGCGGCCCCAGUGGGGUGGUCCGGAGACCGCGGUGUGCGGGUCAUUUGUGUCACAAAACGUGCACACGGCGGUAAGGAAUGGCAUGAUAUGGCACCACCAAGUUAUCCACAUAACGUGGGCGUCGGGACCCGCACCAUCGGAAGCGCAGGAAGAACGGAAAGUAUGGGAGGAGGAACCGGCCCCGCGAAGCAACGCGCGUGAUCCACGACAGCACCGGAGGCAGGCAGAGGCCAUGAGGGCAGAGGAGACGGCGUCGGAGGAGCGGGAGCCAGCGGCAGCGAAGGCACCGGCUGCGACGGCGACAGAGGCACCGACAGCGGCAGCAACGGAGGGGGCGGCAGCGACGGAAGAGGCGGCAGCGCCAGCGACGGCGACGGCAACGGAAAUACCGACAUCUUUGUCGCAAGAUUUGUAUUUAGGGUGUGAGGAAUGGAGUUUCCUCACAGGGGAACCAAAUAUGGGCAUGAGAGUAUGCCUCCGGUACGAGCCCGUGGAGGGAGUCGGGAAUGGAGGAGCCCGCAAGGAGCGGCGCUCACGUCAGGCUAGGAACGGCGGGAGCGGGCCGGCAGCGGUCCAGCGCAUGUCCAUGUAUGGACAUGAGAUCGCGCCACCAGCCCGGUGGCUGGUCGUGAGGAAAUCAGGCGAAGAGGCCGAUGGCAGCGGUCCAGCGCAUGUCCAUGUAUGGACAUGA